UGCUCUCCACUCACCCUGAGUCUCCACCCAUCCCUGGUGCCGAGCACCAUCCUGUGCCCUCCACCCACCCCUGGUGCCUUCCACCCACUCUGGUGCCCCCUCCGCUCACCCCCUGGUGCUGCCCACUCAUCCUUGGUGCCCUCCACUCACCCCUGGUGCCCUCCACCCACCCCUGGUGCCGUCUACCUAUCCUUGGUGCCCUCCACCCACCCCUGGUGCCCUCCACCCACCCCUGGUGCCGUCUACCUAUCCUCCACCACCCUGUCUCCACUCCCUGGGCCUCCACCCCUGGUCUCCGCUCACCCUGGUGCCGUCCACCCAUCCUGGUGCCUCCACUCAUCCCUGGUGCCCUCCACCCACCUCUGGUGCCCUCCACCCACCCCUGGUGCCUUCCACCCACUCUGGUGCCCUCCGCUCACCCCCUGGUGCUUGCUCCACCCACCCCCUGGUGCCCUCCACUCACCCUGGUGCCAUCCACCCACCCCUGGUGCCUUCCACACACUCUGGUGCCUCCACCCACCCCUGGACUUCCACCCACCCUGGUGCCCUCCACUCACCCCUGGUGCCGCUCCACCCAUCCUGGUGCCCUCCACUCACCCCCUGGUGCCCUCCACCCCACCCCUGGUGCCCUACUCCAUCCUGGUGCCUCCAAUCACUCUUGGUGUCCUCCACCACCCCUGGUGCCGUCCACCCAUCCUGGUGCCUCCACCCAUCCCUGGUGCCUCCACCCACCCUGGUGCCCUCCACGACCCCCUGGUGCCUCCACCAUCCUGGUGCCCUCCACCCACCUCUGGUGCCCUCCACGCACCCCCUGGUGCCCUCCACUCCACCCCCCUGGUGCCCGCCACCACCCCUGGUGCCUGUCACCCAUCCUGGUGCCUUCCACCCACCCUGGUGCCUCCACCCAACCAUGGUGCCUUCCACCCAUCCAUGGUGCCUCCACAACCUCUGGUGCUCCACGCACCCCUGGUGCCUCCACCCAACCCUGGUGCCCUCCACUCCACCCCUGGUGCUGCCCACCCAUCCUGGUGCCCUCCACCCACCUUUGGUGCCCUCCCCACCCCUGGAACACUCUGGUGCUGCUCUACCUGUCUUUGGGUGCUUGCCUCCACGCCCUGGUGCCUCCACUCACCCCUGGUGCCCUCCACCACCCUGGUGCCUCCACCACCCCUGGUGCCCUCCACCCACCCCUGGUUCCUCGCACCCCUGGAGCUGUCUCCAUCUUUGGUGCCCUCCACCCCCCUGGUGCUCCCUCUGGUGUCCACCCCUGGUGCCUUGCACCCAUCCUGGUGCCCUCCGCAACUUGGUGACUUCCACUCACUUGGUGCUCUCCACUCAACCCCUGGUGUGCCACUCUCCUUGGUGCCCUCCACUCACCCCUGGUGCUGUCUACUCACCCCUGGUGCUCCACGCAUCUUGAGCCUCACCUCACCCCUGGUGCCUCCACCCAUCCUGGUGCCUCCACCUCCUGGUGCCCUCCAAGGCACCCCUGGUUCUCCACUCACCUCUGGUGUCACGCGUCCUGGUGUCUCCACCCCACCCCUGGUGCCUUACACCAUCCUGGUGCCCUCCUCUGGUGCCCUCCACGCACCUCUGGUGCCUCCCGCACCCCUGGUGCUGUCUACCUGCCUUGGUGCCUCCGUGGUGUUGGUGUCACUCCCUGGUGCUGUCUACGCAUCCUUGGUGCUCUCCACUCACUCUGGUGCUCUACCAACUCUUGGUCAUCUACGCAUCCUGGUGUCCACCCUUGGUGCCUGCUACCCAUCCUGGUGCCUCCACCCUCUGGUGCCCUCCACGAACCCCUGGUGCCGUCUACUCCAUCCUGGUGCUGCUGUUUGGUGCCCUCCACCACCCCUGGUGCCUUCCACCCACCCUGGUGCUCUACCCAUCCUGGGCCUCCACCCACCCUGGUGCCCUCCGCACCCCCCUGGUGCCUCUACCCAUCCUGGUGCCGUCUACCCAACCUUGGGACCAUCCCAGGGACGGCGGCGCCACCACUGGCCGGGUAAGGGCACUGGAACCCUCAGGGGUGCACCCUGGGACAGUGGGGCUCCCAGGUUUCCUUCCAGGGACCCCUCCCAGGGGUGUCGGUGCCCCGAAGACCCAUCCAGGGGCAUCGUUGACCAGAGUGACCCUCCUAGGGGCGGCAGCGCCUCUUGGGACCCUCCCAAGGAUCCUACCAAGGGCCCCCAGGGGCCAGUUCUUAAUAGUGCAAACUACUGCAGCCAGGGUCCUGUUGAGUCUGGCUCACCCAAAGGCCCUCCAAGUGGUGCCCUGAGACCCCACAUGGCAGGCGCCUCUGGGACCCCUAAAGGCCGCAGCAACGCCAGGACAUUCUAG